AUGGCCGCCGCCGAGGUCGCGCCAAGGCCUGCACAAGCGAAGAGGAAGCCGUUCGCGAGUUGGGUGAAGCGCAUCACGAACCUCAAGGGCAGUAACGAUGAUGAGUCGUCGAGAAAGAAGUUGUCUUCGAAACACAAGAAGAGCAAUAUCGCCACCAACAACAUCAACAACAACUUCAAGAAUAACCCGUGUCCCGAGUCAGGAGCGCUUAAGCAGCGUAAUGAGUCGCCGGCGGGUAGUGCCAACGGACAACUCUCUUUUGCGACGCCCACGUCCCGACCUCAGGAGGAUGCGGAAAGCUACGGCUCGAUCCCGCACAAUGCCCUGGAAGAUCGAGACGGCUCAAAUAGCAAUAACAAGAGUGGAGCACCUACGCUGGCUACAAACCCGGAGACCGUCCACAGCGAUGCCGGGUACAGCAAAGCAGCCACCACAAAUGGCGGUGCAUUGAGUAGUGCGGGAGCGGGCAGCACGUUUAGCUCUCCAGCACCGAGCGAGCGCUCCCUCACCACCACCCUGACCACGAUCCAAUCGCAGGCGCCCAGUCAUGCACUGAACGCUACCUCCAGACACCACGGCUCACAUCUGCACGGCGGCCUGAACAACCCCAACCAAGUCAUGUUCAGCCACCAGUACCCAACCUCACCUGCUCCCACGCCAGGACUGACUGCUUCCGCAAUCCCACGUCAUGUCUCGGAAGCAGUCCCAAAUACCUACAACUCAGCCACAGCCAACAACCUCCUCACCGACAACGCCAGCAUCCUCACCCUCGCCUCGUCCUCAAAACGCCGGCGCCGAAGCAUGGACACCGACGCCUCCGUCCGCGCAAUCCCACCCAGCUCCGUUUGGGGCGGCAGCCGCGAGUCCCUACCUCUGAGCGUCCUCUCCGGCAACAUGGAUCCCAGCAUAAGCGGACAAGCAGGCGGCGGCAUGUACAGCACCCGGCCCUCCGUAGGCGGUCUAGCCUCAGCAGAAAGAGCAAGUAUCUACAGCUCCCAAGGCGUGUCCGCCCCAGCCCUAGCCAGCGAGCGCAACAGCUACUACUCCAAACCCCCGGGCAAAGACAUGACAGACGGCAAAUCGCUCCGCAGCAUCACGAACCUCGAUGCACGGUCCCAAUACGAUGCGCGGUCUAUCAAUGCCGAUGCGAGAAGUCAAUUGGGUGAUGUGGCGAGUCUGAAGGGGUACGAGGGCAGUGUGAGAAGUGGAUUGCUCGGGCAUAGCAGGAAUGAUAGUGUCCCUGGUAGUAUCGGCAGUCCGCUCGCGAGUCCCGGGCUGAGGCAGACGAGUGGAGGCGGGGCGUUGAGUCGGAGGAGUAGCGAGUGGCAUGGGAUGCAGGAGAAGGAGGAUGAGGAUAUUGAUGAUGAGGAUUCGGGUGCUCACCAUGCUGGUAUGAGCAAAGAUUGA